UUGAAAAGUUGUUGGAAGAAAACAAUAAUAAGACCAAAAGUGUUUUAAGUAUUAGCAUUACAGAAAUGAAGUACAAAAGCUUGAGUCUUUCUCCGUAUCUUUGCAUCUGGGUUUGUUUCAAACUUUCUCGAAAUCCAUUAACUUAGAUGGAAAACAAAGAAGAAUGGAUCCAGACGACCAAACCCAAAAGUGUAGUAGCAGUAGUGGUGGCGGUGGUGGUGGUAGUGGCGGUGGCGGUGGUAGUGGUAGUGGUGGUGGUGUUGCAAGAUCUUCCAAAAAGCCAAAGCAAAAGAAAGCUCCACAGAGAGGACUUGGCGUGGCUCAGCUUGAAAAGAUCAGACUAGAAGAACAGCAAAACAAAGAUGCAGCUGUUGAAGCUGUAGCUGCAGCUACAAUUUUGUCUCCACCAGCUUCAGUAUCAGCAACCAAAUCAUCCUUUGUAUCUUUGCAGAUUCCAAAUUAUCACCACUCUAAUCCAUCUUCAUCCUCUAAUAUUGCAUUUCCUUCUCCAUUCCCGGUUGAUCCAACGUCGCCAAACUUGAUGAUACGGCCUCCUCAACCGGUCCAAAACAUCCUUCUAAGAAAUUCAACCACAAAUAGUGGUGAGUUCGAUGCCAGAUGGUCGGGGAUUUCGGUUCCUGCUGUGGAUCCAGGAUUAGCGUUUCGGUCGAAUUUGAAUUUGCCAUACGAAUCUGACAACCCUGUUUGGCCUCCCACAGGCUUGAAUUUCCCAAUAACACAACAAUAUCAGCAACCUUCUCCUUCAAUGGUGAAUGUCUCAUCAGGGACUUCAUCAUCAUCCUUAUUGAAUUUUCGGAUGGAGCCCCCUUCAAACCAAAGCUGUUAUAGCAACUUCGCCCCUGUUUGGCCAGAGGAAGAGAAGAUGGUUGGCAUGAAGAGGCCAUAUCCCUUCUCUCUAGACAACCCACCACGCCCCUCUUUCAACUACAAUUUACCUGCCAUUAAUGUUGCUCCUAUAAGAUCAGAUGAAUCAGCUUCAUGUGGGAAUGAAGGCAGGUUUAAUAUUUUCGAAGCCAGCAAUACAAUUUCCAGAGAGGGGCCUUCAAGCUCAACUUCCAAUUACUGCAAGGUGAAUCCAAACAAAAGCAUCAAAGAAAAUGUGGUUCUCCAUGGAGAUUUUCUCACACUUGCUCCUCCUACAACAACUUCAAAGUUGAAGCACCAUUCAGCCUCUCUUGACUCUCAUAACAACAAAUUCCCUGAUUUUGAAUCACUGCCUUAUCAAGGAAGUGGGGAAGGCCGGCCAAUUAUACAGCCGGGACAGAGUCAGUUCAAUGGACAACGACCCUUUUAUAGCUUCUUACCACCGGCAGAGCCGCAAAUAGGCCAAGCAACAACCACCACCAACAAUGGUAAUGGCGAAGUAGGCGAAAGUAUUGAUCUCGAUUUGAAGCUGUAAAUGCCUUAGCCCGUUUGUCUCAGUCUAGAUAAACAUCUCCAACAAUUUUGCUGCUUGAAAUAUGAGAAAGUCUAUAUGAAACCUACCUAUCCAAACAAUCCGAGCAAAAAAUUGCUGGAAAUCUAAAUGUUUUGUUUGGGAGGCUGGUUUCUCCUUUGUAUCUUUUUGGGUGUUUUUUCUUUUGAACGUUACAAUAGGGGGUACAUAUAUUAUAAUGUAUCUAGAUUUGCAUAUGUAAGGUUGAGUAUAAAGGAAGCCCGAAUCUUGGGCCAUGUGAGGGUAAGAUAGAGAGAUGUAGAUUUGUUUGUUUGAAACUGUUUUGUUUUUGAUGAAGUCAUGGGAUUUGUGGUUUUUGUUUGCUUGGUUGGUUGGUUGGUGCAUGGAGGGUCA